AUGUAUCUACGCACAGCCCUUCUAUCUUUGUCCGCCCUUGCGGCAGCAAAGGAAAUGCCAAAGGACGAGUUGAGAGCCGCACAGCUUUAUGACUCUGGCAUCAGGCACGAAAACAACGUUGCCCUCAAGAAGGAGUCAUGGGCACGUCAGGAAGCUGCAGGCAUGUACAACUCUGCUCAGUAUGCUGAGAUCAAAGACAAAGUAGAGUGUCUGAACGGUACUGCGGUUACUGGAAAUGACGUUUUUCAAUGCAAGAAUAUUGACUUGCUCCAUUUCUUGUCCCAUGCUGAGCUAGGCAGCACUCGUGGUGUCGGAUCUUCGUCAUGGGGCUGGACAUCCGAGGACGGUCGCGAGUUCGUUGCUAUCGGACAACAAGACGGUGCCGCAUUCGCCGAAAUCACGGCUGAAGGCAAGCUCUCAUAUCUGGGCCGUCUGCCAGCCUACUCUACGCCUAGUACAUGGCGCGAGAUCCGUGGCCAGAACAACCUCAUGAUCAUCGGCAGCGAGGCAGUCGGCCAUGGAAUUCAGAUCUUCGACAUGAAGAAGCUAAUCGACAUUGACCCUGCGUCCCCCGUGACUUUCAGCAACAACGGCGAUUUGACUGGUCACUUCAAGGGCCUCCCUAAUGGCAGAACUCACAACGUCGUGACAAACCCUGAGACCAACUUCAUCUAUGCCGUUGGUGCGCAGCCAAGGACGGACAAGUGCAAAUCUGGAAUCAUCUUCAUCGACAUAACCGAUCCUUCGAAGCCAACAAGCCCAGGCUGUGCAUCGGAAGACGGAUAUGUACACGAUGCUCAAUGUCUUAUCUACCGCGGACCAGAUUCCGAGUUUGAGGGCCAUGAGAUUUGCUAUGGCUACAACGAAGAUUCUCUCACGAUAUAUGACGUGACCGACAAGAAAGCCCCAGUCAUUCUGUCCAACUCUUCCUACGAGGGUGCGGCAUACACCCACCAGGGCAACGUUCUAGACCCCAUGAACCAACAGUUCCUCCUGCUCGACGAUGAGUACGAUGAAUACGACAAGGUCGGCCCUGCUAUCCCUGGUCAUCCCAUCACGUACAUUUGGGACAUCUCGUCUCUCCGCGCGCCUAAACAGACUGGACUGUACAAGAGCGGAGCAAAGGGUAUCGACCACAACCAGUAUGUCGCGAACGGCUUCGCAUAUCAAUCGAACUACGGCACCGGAUUCCGUGUUCUUGAUGUCCGCAGCAUUCCCGAUGACCCGACGGGUGCUGGUGUGAAGGAAGUUGGCUUUUUCGACGUAUACCCUGAGGACGAUAACAUGCCUGGAGGUGGUACUGUCGACUUCGUCGGCACGUGGUCGAGCUAUGCGCUGUUCAAGAGUGGCCACAUCUUGAUCAACACUAUGGAACGUGGUGUCUUCAUCGUCAAGAUGCAGGAGGGAUUCGACAGAUAG